AUGAAAUCGAGCUCCAACCUCUCUCCAGAUCAACUGACGUUGAGAAUCGCUUGUAGCACUAAAGUGACUCUCAUCUGUGAAGAGGACGCGACUCCAUUGAUGAGGGAUGGAGCAAAAGCCAUUUUUACUAGGGAGCAUGACGAUCCUUAUGCUCUCCGGGACCGCGUCAAUAAAGAAUUGGACUCUCUUGAGGCAGAUGGAAUAAUAUCCUCAGUGCCUGCGAGUGAUUGUGGGUCACCAUUGGUUGUCAUUCCAAAACCAAACAGUGGCGUUCGAUUAUGUGUUGAUUCCAAAUGUGGAGUCAAUGAACGAUUAAUUCAAUCAAAUCAUCCAGUAAGAAGGAUAGAUGAUGUGCUUCAUAGUCUUCGAAAUUCAAGAUAUUUUUGUAAACUUGAUUUAUUUAAAGCCUACCUACAUUUAAAAGUUGAUGAAGAUAGUAGCAUGAUACAGACCAUUUCAACACAUCGUGGUACGUAUCGCAUGCAUAGGCUUAGUUUUGGAAUCAAGACAGCACCAUCAGAAUUCAAUCGCAUUCUUUCUCAAAUUCUCAAAGGGUUACCAAAAACAGAAUCUUACUUUGACGAUAUUAUUAUACAUGGUGAAACACUUCAAGAAUGUACUGAAAAUUUAGAAGCUUGCUUACAAAGACUUUCUGACUAUGAUCUGCACAUAAAUAAACAAAAUGAUAGAGUUCUUGUUCCUUUUGAUCCUAGUUUACCAAUUGUCCUGACCACAGAUGCCAGCCCUACGGGAAUUGCAGCAGUAUUGAGUCACUCUAAACAAGGUGUAGAAAGACCUAUUGCUUACGCAUCUCGUUCACUUACCAACUCCGAACAAAACUAUAGCCAAUUAGAUCGAGAGGCUUUAGCUGUUAUUUUUGGUGUUACACAAUUCUUCAAUUACUUAUUUGGUAAACAUUUCAAACUUAUUACUGACAAUGAGCAACUAACAAGAAUUUUUCAUUCUCAUAAGGCACUACCACGUAUGACUUCACGAUUACUUCGCUAUGCUUCCUACUUAUCAAGUUUUGAUUACUCAGUGCAAUUCAAAAAGGGAACUAAAAAUGAAAAUGUCGAUUGCCUGUCUAGAGCUCCAAUUCAAAAACCCGAAAACUCAGUCGAUAAAUUUAUAGAGGAAGAAGCAAAUCAAAGAUGUGCCGAAAACAUUUUCCAGAUUUCAAGUGAAAAAAUAACAUCUUUAACAAUCCAGUCUGAAACAAAGAAAGAUCCAGAACUCAGCGAAAUAAUUGAAAGGCUGAACAACAACUCUGAAGAUUCAGAAUUUACAUCAUUUGAUGGCAUACUUUUUCGAAGAGAAAGAGUAGUUAUUCCAAAAAGCUUACGUUCAAACAUACUAAAGGAACUUCACGAAACUCAUCUAGGAAUAACUAAAAUGAAGCAACUUGCAAGACAGUAUGUUUAUUGGCCUGCCGUUGAUCGUGACAUUGAGAAUUUAGUCAAAGGAUGUGACGGCUGCGCAUUGACAAAGUCUAAUCCUCCAAAGGUAUCUGUCCAUCCGUGGGAAUCUCCAGCAGAUAACUGGGACAGAAUUCAUAUAGAUUAUGCAGUCCAAAUGGGCGGAAGUCGAAGUCAUUAA